AUGACUCUGGAUUAUUUGAGAUUUAGCCCCGGUCUCGGUUCUGCCGCAGCCGAGAAGCAGGCGAGAGCUCAGGAAUUCCCAAGCAGCGCAGGCUGCCCCACCUGGGAAGUAAAAGCGGGCUUAACAGAGCCGCGCUCGGCUCCUCCGGGCAUCCCCGGCCUCUCCCUCGCCAGCGGGGAGCAGAGCACUGCCCCGCUCAUCGCGGAUCUCGGGGAGGAGGAGGGACGGCUCGCCUGUCCCCCAGCACCCCGAGGACGGGGCGCGGACCCCGGCACCUUGCGCUGCAGCCGAGCCCGGGCUCUCGGCCACACCCAGACCCCUAUAGACCCUGUGGACCCCUAUGGCCCCCUCAUGCCAUCAGCCAGGCCCCUGUACCCGCCUCAGGCACCUAUAGCCCCCACACAGGCCCCCAUAGCCCCCUCGGACUACCAGCUGGGCUCCUCUAGCCCUCACCCAGGCCCCUAUAGCCCUCACCCAGGCCCCUAUAGCCCCCUGAUGCCAUCAGGCAGGCCCCUGGUGGCGCAGGCCUACGUCAACCAGCGGAAGCUGGACCACGAGGUGAAGACGCUGCAGGUGCAGGCGGCCCAGUUCGCCAAGCAGACGGGGCAGUGGAUCACCAUGGUGGAGAACUUCAACCAGGCCCUCAAGGAGAUCGGCGACGUGGAGAACUGGGCCCGCAGCAUCGAGAUGGACAUGCGGACCAUCGCCACCGCCCUGGAGUACGUCUACAAGGGGCAGCUCCAGCCCUCCUGCUCUUGA